AUGAGUGCAAUAAGCUGUCAAAUGUCUUUGGAGGGCACUCAAGCACUUGCUGGCAAUAACUGUGCCUUUGGGGCUCAGGGGUUAACUUUCGGCAUCUCUACUGGGUCUGGUCACUUGAGUAGUAGGGGGCUGGAAAGUUUGCUAGAAACUGCUCUGCUUGCUCAUGUUUUGUUUAUUAUUCCUAAUAUGUGGUAUCUGAGCCAUGUUGUAUUGAGGUCCAAGAAAUUAUGCGAUGGUUCAACUGAUCCUGGUUUGGAGCCUACCUGUGGGAGACCAUUAGGACUAGGGUUCAAUUACAGAACAGAUGUGGACCAGGAGACUGGGAUAGUUUAUUUCACAGAUGCUAGUGCUCGAUUUCAAAGAAGGGAGUUCAUGCUUGCAGUUCAAACUGGAGACAUGACAGGAAGACUAAUGAAAUAUGAUCCCAGAACUCAAGAAGUCACAGAAUUGCUAAGAGGCCUUGGUGGAGCAGGUGGAGUGACAAUAAGCAAAGAUGGGUCAUUCAUCCUUGUUACAGAGUUCGUCACUAACAGGAUCCAAAGGUUUUGGCUUAAAGGCCGUAAAGCCAAUACCUCACAACUUUUUCUGAAACCUCCAGGCACGCCAGAUAACAUUAAGAGCAAUGCAAGAGGAGAGUUUUGGGUAGCUGUGAACAUUGGAGCAGGAACGGCAGUUGUGCCUUUGGGGCUUAGACUAAGUGAAGAAGGGAAGGUAUUGCAGAUGGUGGCUUUUGGUACAGGAGACAUACCUAAGACCAUUAGUGAAGUUCAGGAAUAUAAUGGAGCAUUAUACAUAGGAUCUCUACCUUUGCAUUUUGUUGGUGUUUAUAGGUCUUGA